AUGAAUCAGGCGUUUCCUCUAGAUGACACCAGCGACACCAAGCCCCUAACUGCGGCCGCACUGUGUCUCCGAAGCUGGGAGUAUAGCCUCAUGGCUAUCGCCGCCAUGGCUUAUGAUCCACUCCGAGUGGAAGACCCCAAAGGAGCAGAGCUUUGUGUUUGGCAAGAGCUGGAAGAGAAGAGACUCUUGGGGCCAAAGACCAGGUGGUGGCUCCAGCACUUUUGCUUUGCUCGCCCGGGGUCACUUUGGGCAUUGGCCACCUUGGCGGUUUGCAUCUAUUGCACACUGCAUCCAAAUGAGGGCAUUGCCAACGUCAUGGGACGGAAGGUGACUUGCGUGGUCGCUGGGAUGUUUAGUUUGGCCACAGUAUCAGCAAUGUGCGCUGCCAGAGGGGCUUCUUCACUCUUACAGAGCGAUGCUUUCAGAGAGCUUUUGCAAUACGAACAAGGUGGCACUUCUCUCGACCACCGUUUCGACACAGAAUCAAUUAUGCAGCUGUUCAGGAGGCUUGUGACGCACGGUCUUCUGCUGGGUCUUCCUCUAAGCCCUGCCUUCUCGUCGGAUCCAAUCUAUCUUCUUGCAUGGUUGCUCCUAUUGGGCUUUGUGGUCUUUUACAUUCCUGGCUACUCUAUUCCGCGGGCCUUGGUGUUGCACUUGAGCCGCUCUCUCGUGGAGCAAAUGAUGAACGACAUCGAAGCUGGUCCAGAGUCAUGGAAGGGCACUGGACAGUUCUGGCAAGUGAUGACCCAGAAGCACCAGCAGAUGGAUCGUUUGCUCGAAACUGCUUGGACACUGGCAAUGUGGUUUGUCUUGCCAUAUUUAGCCAACAAUGUUAUUGUUGGUUUGAUCGGUUUGGUCGCUUGCUUAUCUGCAGUGGUCACCAGCCAGAACGCCUUUGUCGCUUUUACUGGCUUCUUCCUGAUUUGUGCCAAUGUCUUCAGCUUCGCACAGCGUUUGAGCGAAAUGGCGGGAGUGACCAAGAUGUGUAUGUCCACUCGAGCUGAUACUCGCAGCAUCCUCUCCUAUGCCAUUGGCAAAUCUGGCCCCAGUCCCUGCACUGAAGCUGGUUUGCAGAGGGCUGGCUACUCCAGCAUCGCCAAGGAGCGUUCCGAUCAUGCGCGAUUCCUCACCUAUUUGAUGGCCAAUCGUGCAGGUGUGGAGAUGUUUGGCGUGCUGAUAGAUACACAGCUCAUCGCACGCUUCGUGUUCCAGGCCACGACUGGAUUCUUAGCCCUCUUGUCUUACAUGCUGGCCAACCUGGAUAUCCGGACAGAGGAUCUGCUCGUCAAAUUUGAAGGAACUGGAACGUACUUCUCAGAUAUAGUCCAUGUUCAAUGGAGGUAG